AUGAAGCUGCCCCUGGCCCUAGCAGGGCUCCUGGCCAGUCUGGCCAUGCUCCAGCCCUCUGGGGGUGCCACUCCAGCGGUCCCGAGGGAAGUGGAGACCUAGGUGGUGCUGACCUGCAUGGAGGAGGCCAAGCGGCUAGUGGACAAGGCCUACAAGGAGGGGCGGGAAAGCAUCAAGCAGCGCCUUCGCAGUGGCUCAGCCAGCCCCAUGGAACUGCUGUCCUACUUCAAGCAGCCAGUGGCAGGCACCAGGACAGCGGUGAGGGCUGCUGACUACCUGCACGUAGCCCUAGGCCUGCUGGAGAGGAAGCUGCGGUCCCUGUGGCCAGGCCCCUUCAACGUCACAGAUGUGCUGACGCCUGUCCAGCAUAAUCUGCUGUCCAAGACUAGUGGCUGCGCCUACCAGGACCUGGCGGUGAGGUGCCCCGAGAAGGACAAGUACCGAACCAUCACCGGCCAGUGCAACAACAGGCGCAGCCCCACACUGGGGGCCUCCAACCGGGCCUUUGUGCGCUGGCUGCCAGCGGAGUACGAGGAUGGCUUCUCCCUGCCUUUUGGCUGGAUGCCAGGGGUCAAGCGCAAUGGCUUCCAGGUGCCCCUGACUCGCGCUGUCUCCAACGACAUCGUAGGGGUCUCCUUGCAGGCUGAGGGGGCCAGAAGUUCCGAAGAACUCCUUUUUGAUAUCUGGGUCUCCCCUUCUGGUCCUGGGCUCCAGGCCAUACCCCCUCCCCAAGAUGAGAUCAAGGCCUUCAGGAGGGUGGACGGGGGAGAGCCACUCCUGACCUCUGUCCCUGCCCUCGGUGAGCCCGCUGGGCCUCUCUCCAUGCUGCAGAUCCCCCCCAAUGACCCCCGCAUCAAGAACCAACGUGACUGCAUCCCCUUCUUCCGCUCCUGCCCGGCCUGCACGGGGAGCAACAUCACCAUUCGCAACCAGAUCAACGCGCUCACCUCCUUCGUGGACGCCAGCAUGGUGUACGGCAGCGAGGACCCCUUGGCCAUGAGGCUGCGCAACCGGACCAACCAGCUGGGGCUGCUGGCUGUCAACACCCGCUUCCAAGACAACGGGCGGGCCCUGCUCCCCUUCGACAACCUGCACGAUGACCCCUGCCUCCUCACCAACCGCUCCGCACAAAUCCCCUGCUUCCUGGGGAGGAAGGGAUCCCUGAGCCAGGAGCAGGCGGAGAAUCUGCAGGGAGGGGUGAUUUUUGUUUAGAUCAUCACUUACCGGGACUACCUGCCCCUGGUGCUGGGGCCAGAGGCCAUGAGGAAGUACCUGCCCAAGUACAGAUCCUACAAUGACUCGGUGGACCCUCGCAUCUCCAAUGUCUUCACCAACGCCUUCCGCUAUGGCCACACCCUCAUCCAACCCUUCAUGUUCCGCCUGGACCAUCGGUACCGGCCUAUGCAGCCCAACCCCCGUGUUCCGCUCAGCAGGGUCUUUUUUGCCAGCUGGAGGGUAGUGCUGGAAGGUGGCAUCGACCCCAUCCUCCGGGGCCUCAUGGCCACCCCUGCCAAGCUGAACCGCCAGAACCAAAUCGUGGUGGAUGAGAUCCGGGAGCGGCUGUUCGAGCAGGUCAUGAGGAUCGGGCUGGACCUGCCCGCUCUGAAUAUGCAGCGCAGCCGGGACCAUGGCCUCCCAGGAUACAAUGCCUGGAGGCGCUUCUGCGGGCUCCCGCAGCCCAGCACAGUGGGCGAGCUGGGCACGGUGCUGAAGAACCUGAACCUGGCGAGGAAGCUGAUGGCCCAGUAUGGCACACCUGACAACAUCGACAUCUGGAUGGGCGGCGUGGCUGAGCCCUUGAAGAGCAAAGGCCGUGUGGGCCCGCUCCUCGCCUGCCUCAUCGGGACCCAGUUCAGGAAGCUGCGGGAUGGCGAUCGGUUUUGGUGGGAGAACAAGGAUGUGUUCAGCAUGCAGCAGCAGCGGGCCCUGGCCAAGAUCUCCUUGCCCCGCAUCAUCUGCGACAACACAGGCAUCACUGUCGUGUCCAAGAACAACAUCUUCAUGUCCAACACAUUCCCUCGGGACUUUGUCAACUGCAGUACACUCCCUGCCUUGGACCUGGCUCCCUGGAGGAACAGGGACUAGAGGCUGGGUAAGGGGGUGCAGUGUGAGGUGAAGGCCGGGCAUACCUGGGCUGGCCAGUCGGAAACACAGAGAUCUCCCUUCCCU